GGCCCCGCCACCUCCCCUCAGUGCCGAGCGCCCCUUCCGUCCCGACCUGUCCCGGUCCCGUCUCGUCCCGUCCGCCCCCUCCGGUGCGCGGCCAUGCGGGCACGGAGCAACCGCCGCCGCGCCUGAGGGGGUCGGGGCGGCCGGGCCCUGCCCUGCGGAGCGGGGAGCGGCACCGGGUAUGCGGGCGGUGGUAGCGGGCCGGGAGGUGGGAUGCUGUCGCGGAAGAAGACGCGCACGGAGCUCUCCAAGCCGGGUGAGGUGCAGGGCAAGUACGUGAAGAAGGAGACCAGCCCUCUGCUUCGCAAUCUGAUGCCUUCAUUUAUCCGUCAUGGUCCAACCAUUCCAAGACGAACUGAUAUCUGUCCUCCUGACUCAACAACUUCUGCAUAUGCUUCUGGUGGAGAUGGAAUUGUGUCCAGGAACCAGAGUUUCCUUCGAACUCCAGUGCAGAGGCCACCUCAUGAAAUAAUGAGACGUGAAAGCAACAGACUGUCCGCACCUUCCUAUCUUGCAAGAAGUUUAGCUGAUGUCCCCAGAGAAUAUGGAUCUUCCUCCCAGUCCUUCUUAACAGAAGCUAAUUCUGUUUUGGAAAAUGGAGAUGCUGGUGCCCGUUGUUAUUAUUACGAUCAUUUUUAUGAUGCCCAGAGGAGACGUCAGUUAAAUGAUCGCGUACAUGAGGACUACAGGUAUUAUGAACACACCAGUGAUCUUUUCCAGAGGAUGUCACAGAAUCAUGGGAGGCACACUUCAGGCAUCGGUAGAGUUGCUGCUACAUCUCUAGGAAACUUAACAAAUCAUAGUUCUGAAGACUUACCUCUUCCUCCUGGCUGGUCAGUGGACUGGACUAUUAGAGGAAGGAAGUACUAUAUAGAUCAUAACACUAAUACAACGCACUGGAGCCAUCCACUCGAGCGUGAGGGACUGCCUCCGGGAUGGGAGAGAGUUGAGUCAGCGGAAUUUGGAGUGUAUUAUGUAGAUCACAUCAAUAAAAGAGCUCAAUAUAAACAUCCUUGUGCUCCCAGCGUUCCCCGUUAUGACCAGCCUCCCCCAGUGACUUACCAGCCGCAGCAAGCUGAGCGAAGCCAGCCUCUCCUCGUCCCUGCAAACCCAUACCACACUGCAGAGAUUCCAGACUGGCUGCAGGUCUAUGCCAGGGCUCCUGUAAAAUACGAUCACAUUCUGAAGUGGGAGCUCUUCCAGCUGGCGGACCUGGACACGUACCAGGGGAUGCUGAAGCUGCUCUUCAUGAAAGAACUGGAACGGAUUGUGAAGCUGUACGAAGCGUACAGGCAGGCGCUCCUCACUGAGCUGGAGCAUCGCAAGCAGAGGCAGCAGUGGUAUGCCCAGCAGCACGGCAAGAAUUUUUAAGCUAACAACUCUCUUUAAUAGACUUCUAUGAGGACACUAUGAGCUUUAAAAGGUUUUCACACUUAAAACUAUGAAAAAGUGCUUUUGUUGAAAAGGCAGCUUAUUUUUGUUGAUGUUGCACCUUUGUUAUUAUCCUCUUUAAUAUUUUUCUACAUGUAUUAUGUAUUGUUUAUAAAAAUGAAAAAUGUUUGUUAAUCUUUUUUUCCACACAAGAACUAGUUUAUUAUUCUGAAAACCAGCGCAGAGUUUAAUCAGAGACUUGAUUCUGGUAUCUUUUUCUAGCAGUCAGCUGUAUUAUUAGGAAGCUGACGAUGUAUUUUUACAGGGCAAUAGAUGCAACUAUAUGAAAUGUCCUGGAUUCAAAACAUUGUUAAAAUCCAAAUGAAUAUUUCCGUGUAUUUCCCUCAGGAUUUCAUAUUCCCGAGAGAGAGGUCUGCUCUUUGUUUACAGCUUUAAUGUACAGACCGCCCAUACCGUUCCUCUUAACAGCACCCAGGGCUACAACCAGACGGAAGUGGAUUUCAUCAACCUAAAACCCAAGUGCUUCAGGAAAGCAAAGUCUGAGUUGCCUUAUUUUUUACUUUAACGCAUUUACUUUAGAUUUACUACUAGUUUUCACAGAAAUUAGAGGGGAAAUACUUGUACCCUCUUAAAGACCGAGAUCUCUAAGCAAACUUUUCACGGGUUUUUAAGUCUAGGUAAACUGCAUUUCAUAAAAGGUUACACAGUCACGUGGAAGGUAAUAGCGUUGUCUGACCAGCUUACCAGCCAGCUGUACCACGCCGUGGAAAAAAUCAGGGAUGUAACAACAAUUACUUUUUUUUUUAAUGAGCUUUUGUCUUGUAUUAAAGCUUCCUUCCUUGGGGAAAAUUUUUAAUUGUACAGUUACCCUCCCCGGUAUUUUCAUUUGGUUCAUUGAUUGUCCUGAAAUGUUAUUUAUGGAUUCUUUUUAGUGCAAUAAACAUUGUUGCAGACAAAAAAACCCCAACAUUUCUUGUAAAUCCUAUUAAUUCAAUAAAAAUAAUUUUGUUUAAUGAA